AUGAAAGAAAUUAAAGAGUUCGGUCCUUGGUCAGAGCAGAUUAGCUCAUCUGGUCGCAAGUACUUCUACAAUCGUGAUACGGAGGUUUCGCAGUGGGAAAAGCCCAAAGAGUGGCGGGAUUAUGAGGUGCGGCUCGUUGAACAAGAGCGAUUAGCCGCUGAGCAAGAAAAAAUCCAGUUGCAAGUGCAACAACAACAGCAACAACAACAACAGCAGCAGCAGCAACAACCACAACAACAACAACAACAACCCACAGUAGUUCCACCUCCACCCAUAUUUAUGACGCCGCCUCCGUUUCCUUUUCCACCUCCAUUUGCCCCUCCUGGAUUUGCCCCGCCGCCGAACAUACCAUAUCCAAUUCCUCCACGCAUUAAUUCUACUGUCAGUGGUCCGAUCAACACUUCCUUUCCUCCACCGCCACAUCCUCCUCCAACCGUAUCUCCUCGUGUGACUCAAGGUUUGCCGCCUCCACUAAUACCUCCAAUUGUAAACGUAUCGACAAUACCUCCGUCACCACUUGUUAACCCACAUUUUUCCCCACUUCAAUAUUCAGCGCCACCGCCAGCACCGGGUAGUCUUCCACUACCGCUACACACUGUUAAUCUACCAAUACCUGCACCUCCACCAGUUUUCACCUCCGUACCACCACCGUCCACAUCCGGUUCACAUCAUGACAAUCAUGCAUCACAUUUGAUACCAGGUCGUGUACUCCAGUCACCACAGGUGUCACAGCAGCAACAGAAUCAUGCCCGUCCGCCGUCUAUCCCAAGAGAGCGAACCCAUGUUGAACGGUCUCCGAGAGCAACACCUCCGUCUGUUCGACAGACUGCACCACCGGCUACCAGCGUUUCGCAACAAUCAGUCCCACAAGUUAAGACUGAGUUGUCACCUACCGUCAUCAAAAAGAAGCAGAAUGACGAGCAGAUUGAUCCCGCGACACCAAAUCGCAAUCGUUCAAACACGGAAUCGACCACCCACCCGGCUCCUGUAAAGAGAGAACGGACGAGCAGUGAGGGGAAUGAGGAAGCAACGCCUUCGGUGAAACCGGAGGAGACAGAUGACAAGGAUCCGCCUGCAAAAAAAGUGAAAGAAGAGGAUACCGGCACAUCAUGGAGGGCCUUCUACAAUGCGGAGCUUGCUCGUCAGAAGGAAAUUGAAUUGAAUUUAGACAUUGACCCUGAAUUGCGGGAACUUGUGGCGCAAUCAUUGACAUUGGAAAACAAGCUUGUAGCUGAGCUCAUAAAAAUGAAAACUGCUGCUGCACUAGUUGCUGUACAGGAGAACGAAGUUUGUAUCUGUAAUGCAAAGAUUCAAAGUUUGAGGGAGCAACGACAUGAAUUGGAGCGCCUACAAUCUCGUUUAAUGGCUCCGGCUGUGGUGACAAUGCCCGAUUUGAAUUCUAGAGCAUGA